CUAUUUAACAUCUCUUUCUCCUCUCUGAUUAUAUACGCACACAUACAGACAAGACACAAAUGGAGUUCUUUGAAAACCAUAUCAACAUCACCUAAAAAGCUGGUUUAGAACAUGCUUGUUCUCUCCUCCUCCCUCAACCUCACGCAACACCCCCCCUUCUCAGAUCUUUAUGAUUUCCUUCACACACAACUAAACAUAGCCUACACUCCUCAACUCACUGAAGAACCGGUGAUUAUCGACGACAAGUCCAGAAGAGAGAGAGACUUCAAGAGAGAGAGACGGCGAAGGGUUUCGGUGCCGCCGCCGCGGCGGUGGUGGUGGAUCUUCACGACGGUGGCCGUAGCCACCGUGAGAUACGGCGGUGAUGGCGGUGAGACCUGACGGCUAUCGGAGCCACGUCGGAAGCUGUACGGCGGUGGUGGUGCUCGGUCCGACAGAUUUCUUGUCACGGAUCAGGCUCGGGUUCAGCAGGUUUCAUGUUCAAGCGGGUCGGGUCAUGGUUCUAUUCAACAGAUUCAAGUUGGGUCUUGGUCGACUUAGUUCGGUGUCGGGUCAGACACGCGACUCCGGCUCGGCUCGAUCAUGGUUCGGGUUCACUCCGGUCAGCUUCGGGAUCGGUCAACCGGUCAAAGCAAGUCAAGGCUGGUCAAACUUAGUCAACGGUUCGGUCUCGGGUUCGGUCAAAGGCGGUCAACAGCAGAUCCGUUCGGUUUGGAGUUCAAGGAACGGGUCGACUCGGUCGAACCGAGUCAACUCGGUCAAACCUAGUCAACUCAGCGAGCCAACUCGGUCAACCCGGUUGACUCGGUCAACUCAGUCAACUCUACGACCCGGAAUGCUAUAGUUGCACGCUGGCUAAUGCACGUUCUUGGAACGACACUACGGAAUCACGCUAGGCUAGCUUUGCACAGGAAUGUCAAGGUGAGUUCAUAACCCCCACUUUUUA